CUCUGGCUCUGGGGAGAAGGGGCAGGCCGGCCCGGGAAGGAGGAGAUAGAGGAGGAGGAGGAGGGGCUGCAGCUGGAGGGGCGGACAGACCCAGCCCAGAGCUCUGCGUGCUUCCUGUCGCCUGUCUCUAAACCCCUCCACAUUCCUUCGGACCGCCAGACUGCCCGGACCGCUCUGCCGCCGCCUGCCUCCGAGGGCUGCCAGCACCAUGAGGGCCUGGAUCUUCUUCCUCCUUUGCCUGGCCGGACGGGCCUUGGCGGCCCCCCAGCAGCAGGAAGCCCUACCUGAUGAGACGGAGGUGGUAGAGGAAACCGUGGCCGAGGUGGAGGAGGUACCCGUGGGUGCCAACCCUGUCCAGGUGGAAGUCGGAGAAUUUGAAGACGGUGCUGAGGAAACCGUCGAGGAGGUGGUGGCUGAAAACCCCUGCCAGAACCACCACUGCAAGCAUGGCAAGGUGUGCGAGCUAGACGAGAACAACACCCCCAUGUGUGUGUGCCAGGACCCCACCACCUGCCCUGCCCCUGCCGGCGAGUUUGAGAAGGUAUGCAGCAAUGACAACAAGACCUUCGACUCUUCCUGCCACUUCUUUGCCACCAAGUGCAACCUGGAGGGCACCAAGAAGGGCCACAAACUCCACCUGGACUACAUCGGGCCUUGCAAAUACAUCCCCCCCUGCCUGGACUCUGAGCUGACCGAAUUCCCCCUGCGCAUGCGGGACUGGCUCAAGAACGUGCUGGUGACCCUGUAUGAGAGGGAGGAGGACAACAGCCUUCUGACCGAGAAGCAGAAGCUGAAAGUGAAGAAGAUCCACGAGAACGAGAAGCGCUUGGAGGCCGGAGACCACCCUGUGGAGUUGCUGGUGCGAGACUUUGAGAAGAACUACAACAUGUACAUCUUCCCCGUGCACUGGCAGUUCGGGCAGCUGGACCAGCACCCCAUUGACGGGUACCUGUCCCACACCGAGCUGGCCCCACUGCGCGCACCCCUCAUCCCCAUGGAGCACUGCACCACCCGCUUUUUUGAGACCUGUGACCUGGACAAUGACAAGUACAUCGCCCUGGAGGAGUGGGCCGGCUGCUUCGGCAUCAAGGAGCAGGAUAUCGACAAGGAUCUCGUGAUCUAAAUCCAGCCUCCUUCCACAGAACCGGAUCCUCUCUCUUUGACCUGUUCCCUCCUGUUCCCCCCCAAGUUUAAAAUGUUUGGAUGGUUUGUCGUUCUGCCUGGGGAUAAGGUGCUAACAUAGAUCUAAGUGAAGACAUUAACGGUGCUAAACGUGGAAAUCGUAACCAAGUCCUGACAUCUAAUUUGUAAUUUGACUCCGGAGGCCUUUGGCUCACGUGUUAACAGUCCUGUUGCCUUUCUCUCGCCUUCUGCAACACUUCCCAGUGUCUACUGGCUGUGGUGAAAAAUCACCUGCUCCAGUCUGCUGCACACACAUUACAUCCUCAGACUUUCUCUGUUAUUCUGCUAACAUUCACCGAAUCAGACUUCGAGUUCAUUUUAUUUCAGGGUUUGGGCUGCCUGGGGUCUCCCCAGGGGCCACAGGUGAGCAGAGGGAAAUAACAGAAGAUAUUGGCCAGAGUGUUUGUGGGGUAGAGGACUGGUGGUGGAGAGAUCCCUGCAGAGCCAGGGAGAGUGAGUCCCGUUUGCCCGGGCUGUGGCUGAGAGACGGUCUGGGGUUCAUUCUGAAGACGCACGCACCCCGCUUCCCGCCAUUUCCGCCCUCGCUCUGCCGAGCAGUUUCUUUGCACACCAGGCGGUUUGUUCAGACUUCGGGGUGCCGCAGCCAGUGGUUCUCUGCCGGGUAGAGGAACGCGUGCUACAGGUUUCUUCCCUCCUAACUUCUUGUGGAGAUUUCAGGCUUCUUCUCAGGGGCUCCAGGGGCUGGAGGCUGUUUCAGGCAGGAAAGGCAAAAUCCAGAGCGAGACAUAGAAAGUCGUAUAAAGCAGAAAAAGUGGAGUUGGUGAACUGGUUGUUCUUGUUGUUGUUUUUUUGUGGGUUUUUUUGUAUUUAGAAGGCUGUCAUAAGUGUUCUAGCAUAUUCCACCUUUUCUUUCCCCAUUUCGUCUUCUGUUAAUCAAGAGAAACUUCAAAGUCAAUGGGAUGGUCGGAUCUCACAGGCUGAGAACUCGUUCACCUCCAAGCAUUUCAUGAAAAAGCUGCUUCUUAUUAAUCAUGCAAGCUCUCUCUCCAUGGUGGGAAGAGUUUGACAAAUCUUUCAAAAUAAAAAGUAAUAACUUAGAAACUGC